CGAGCUCGCGGUCAGUCAGGCGGCUACGCGCACAGGGGGGUGUCGCGACUGGUCCCGGGGGCAGAGAGAGCGUGAUGCGGCCCCCACCAGUAAGUGCACAGGAUGUCCUCUCCUGAGAUCACCAGCGUCAGCUGGGGGAGUAUGAGCGUCGGAGGACGGCUUUAUAAAGACUGCAAGGUCUGGCCCGGAGGAAGCCGCACCUGGGACUGGAGAGAAACUGGAACCAAUCACCACCCUGGUGUCCAGCCAGCUGACCUCGAGGAGAUUGUGAAGAAGGAUGUGAAGACUCUUGUGAUCGGCUGUGGCAUGUCCGAGGCACUACAGGUCCCAGCUUCCACGUUGGAGUACGUCACGUCCCACGCCAUUGAUGUACGGGUCCUCCGGACGGAGAAAGCAGUGGCGGAGUACAACAGUCUGGCCUCACAAGGAGUCCGAGUCGGUGGAGUUUUCCAUUCCACCUGCUAAGUGCAAUCAGCAGUAAACAGUAAUGAGACCGCGACCAGAGCCUGUCAACCGUGAGACGUGGGAACAGGAAUGGUCGUCUUCUCUUGUCCUAACAGACGGUAUAUGAUGCGUUUUCAUGUACAUGAAGAAACGGAAAGCUUGGCCGGAUUUGUGUUGUGCUUUGAUUAUUCCUAUUUGGGACUAAUCUGAUGCUGAUUAUUAAUAAUCAAACCUGUAAGCAAUGUUCUACCUGACAGUAACUAAGAGGUGAUAUUAAUCCUCCUUGUUGCGGAACCUAAUGAUAUUUAUUGGUUCGCAGAGACCAGUAAUGUGGCCUUAGCGAUGGAAAAUUGGUCUCCACAUUUUUCCAAAUUCAUUCUAGUGAAUGGGGCGAUCAGCUUUCCAUACAGAUUAAUCUAUCUGCUGGGAUAUGCACAGACGGUUCUGUUCCUGUGUGAGGGUAUGGCUAAUGAUCUUUGCACAUAUAUUGCUCAGCUGUAAAGCCACAAACAGCUGUUUUAUGCACAGAACCUGGUGGCCCAGUAAAUUGCCCCCCAUGGACGGUAACUAUACUUAAAAAAUUGGUGAUGCCAUGAAAGUGGCACUGUGAGAUGUUUGUAUGUCUUCCUUGUAUGGAGCAGCACCUUAUAAUAAUAAUAACAACAACAACAAAAAACUGAGGGAAGACACACUAAAUGACAAGGAAAAUAUGACCUGAAUAAUAUAAAGUAGGUGCAAUGCAACAGCUUUUAUUUCAAAAAUAAUUGUGUGUAGAGUUGGAUGUAGUGAAAUAGACGUAUUGACAAAUGAUUUGAACAGUGAGGGCCAAGCCCUGUUUCUUACAGCAAUGGAACACUGUUGUGUGCUACGGCCUAUAUCUAGGCGUAGAAGGCAGCCCUGACGUGGGGUGAUAAUACUCAGAUCCUGGGACCAGUUCAUUUAGUCACCGAUUCCUAGUGAAAUGAUAGGCUGCAUUAGCAUUGAAUGUUAUUUAGGCACACAACAUGGCCACCUCUGCUUGUAUGGGCAUAGCUAAACGUAACUCUGCAAUACGUUUUCUUUACAGUGGUGGUAUUGGUUGUGGAGCUGAAAUAGUGUGUCUGACACGGCUGUCCUGUUACUUGCUUCCCUACAAGUGUGUGUUAAUUCCUACAGACCAGACCCACACUCAGAGAAAACCUGGUUACUGAGGGAACGCACACAUCUUAUUUUUCAGCCUAAUUCCUAUAACUCAGUACAGCGGUAGGGACAUGGCAUUGAACGUGUAACAUCCAGAUUACCAAUGAGUUUACCACCAGAUAGUUAUCAAUCUAACAGUGCCCAUACACUUGUGCGAAGUAUUGCAUUGGCAGUUCAGGUACGAUGAAAUUGCGCCUGAACUGCCAAAGUGAUUACCAUGUGAUAGAACGCAUGGUAAUGACGUGUUGGGCACGCCACUGCCGAGUGGGAGUGGCCAGCGGGUGCCUAUCGCACAUCGCAGUGCGAUAUAUCACAUGUGUUUUUACAAACGCAUGCUAUCGCACUGCGAUACGAUAAAUAUUAACUGCAGCACAUACUAUCAUGCGACACGAUAUUUGAGCGGCGUGUCCCCGCAUCGUCCCUAAAAAUGUGCAUACAAUCCUUCUAUUUCUCUCACAGAUGUGGUUGAAAUCGAAGGAUUGUACCUGAUAUCUCACGAAUAUAUGUGCUACAUAAGGCAGGCAUUCCUAACCUCGGUCCUCAAGGUUCACUAACAGUCCUAAGUUUUAGUGAUAACCAUGCUUGAGCACAGGUGCCUUAAUACCUCAGUUAUUUUGAUUUACCCAUCGGUGCUGAAGCCUGGAUAUCACUGAAACCUGCACGGUUAGUGUGCAUUGUGGUUAGGAAUGCCUGGUCUAUGACACUUACGCAUCAAUUAAGCCAUUCAAAUAUUUAAUAAAAUCAUUUAAUCACUGUCA